AAAAACCAAAAACAUUACCAUAAUUUUUUUUUCUUCCAAACAAUGGUUUUCUCAAUGCAGCCAUUUUCCAACACCAUGACCUAGUCAAGUCCCCCACAAUCAAAGAACAUCCCCUCACGUUUUCAAAAAUUUCAAAAUCAUUGAAAACACAUUUUUCCUUCACAACUCACCCAUCAUCACAUUACACAUUAUUUAUAAAACUCAAAAAUCAUCAUUCACCAAUUAAACACUUAAAAACCCCACAAAAUGGGCCAAGACCCAUUCACCGCCUUAAAACGCUCCUCCACGGUGGCGGCGGCGACUCCGUUACCCACCACCGCUACCAGAGGCCGUUCGGCGGCGGCGGCGGCGCCACGUGGCAGGCAGAUAAAGAAAACGUUCAACAACUUGAAGCUCACCCUUCUGUGCGGCUUCAUCACCAUUCUCGUCCUACGUGGCACGAUCGGAAUCGGAAGCCUCACCGGAAGCUCCGACGGCGACCUCGACGCCCAGAAGAUCGCCGAGGAGACGAAGCGGAUCCUCGACGAGAUCCGGUCCGACGACGAGCCGUUCGACCCGAACGACCCGCCCGGACCGGAGAUCAACCCGAACGUCACGUACACUCUCGGACCCAGAAUUGCGAACUGGGAUUUGGAGAGGAAAGAGUGGCUUUCGAAGAACCCCGAGUUCCCAAACCAUGUGAAUGGGAAAGCUAGGGUUUUGUUGGUAACUGGGUCUCCACCAAAACCUUGUGAUAACCCAAUUGGGGAUCAUUAUCUUUUGAAGGCUAUAAAGAACAAGAUUGAUUAUUGUAGGCUUCAUGGGAUUGAAAUUGUGUACAAUUUGGCUCAUUUGGAUAAGGAGCUAGCUGGGUAUUGGGCAAAAUUGCCAUUGAUUAGGAGGUUGAUGUUGUCUCACCCUGAAGUUGAGUGGAUUUGGUGGAUGGAUAGUGAUGCAUUGUUCACAGAUAUGGUGUUUGAGCUUCCAUUGAAGAAGUAUGUGAAUCAUAAUUUGGUGAUUCAUGGGUACCCGGAUUUGUUAUUUGAUCAGAAGUCUUGGAUUGCUUUGAAUACUGGGAGUUUUUUGUUUAGGAAUUGUCAGUGGUCUCUGGAUUUGCUUGAUGCUUGGGCUCCAAUGGGGCCUAAGGGGGCUGUUAGAGACGAGGCAGGGAAGAUUUUGACGGCGAAUUUGAAGGGUAGGCCGGCUUUUGAGGCGGACGAUCAGUCUGCAUUGAUAUACUUGUUGAUUUCGAGGAAGGAUGAGUGGAUGGAUAAGGUGUUUGUUGAGAAUUCUUACUAUUUGCACGGGUAUUGGGCCGGGUUGGUGGAUAGGUAUGAGGAGAUGAUGGAGAAGUAUCAUCCGGGUUUGGGGGAUGAGAGGUGGCCGUUUGUGACACAUUUUGUGGGUUGCAAGCCUUGUGGGAGUUACGGGGAUUAUGCGGUGGAGAGGUGCUUGAGUAGUAUGGAGAGGGCAUACAAUUUUGCAGAUAAUCAAGUGCUCAAGUUGUAUGGUUUUAGGCAUAGAGGUUUGUUGAGUCCUAAGAUCAAGAGGAUUAGGAAUGAGACUACUACUCCUUUAGAGAUUGUAGACCAGUUUGAUAUUCGGCGUUCAACGAAUGGACACAGUUGAUCAUAACUGUGAGUGACUGAUUUUUCUUGUCAUUGAUACGUCCAUGGUGUUCUGAUAUAAUUUUGUCAGAUUACUGCUGUUUUCAACACCAUUUGAUAUCUGAAUUUAGUGGCUUUCUUCUUUCGUUUUGUUGUUGUAAAACUGCUAUUGAAAGUGGAAUCCACACAGACACAAUUUUUGUUUAUGUUGCUUUGUUUUUCAGUUAGCACAAUUGAAAGUGAGUGUUGUUGAUAAA